AGUACCACCGGGUUUUCCGGUGCAAGGACGAAUAAUGAAAAGCUGAUGUAGACACGUGGAAGAUUAAUAUCCGUUGGAUGGUCAACGUAGGUCUGUUAUGGAGUGAUCCCAGCCGAUGAAAACUGAAAGAGCACUGUAGAGAAGUUGCCUGUGAUAGAUAGAUUUUCUUUCAUGUCCCCCACGCACAUUCUCUUUCUCUUUCUCUUUCUCUUUCUCCAUCCCUCAUAUCAAUCAUAAUUAAUAAUCACACCCAUCUCAUUCUUCUCUGUUUGAGUAAAGCACAUCAACCACCAUACUAGUAUAACUCUUAAUUCCUCUACAGUACUUUACUAAAGUGGAUUGGUGCACUUACCAUUGCGCCGGCGUUGCAGAGGAACUAAUUCCGUGCCCCUCUUUUCAUUUUCUUCUUCUUCUAAUAAUAAUAAUAAUAAUUCUUUUUUUGGUUAACAAACAGUUUUCCUCAAAAGCUGCAAAAACUACUCCUCAAGAUCACACACAGUGUUAGUUAAUUAACAAAGUAAAAGAGUCUUGUGUCAAAAUUAAUUAAUAAGCUAGAUUCACAAAUUAAUUUCUUCUUGUACUAUGGAUAAGGAUACUUGUAUGUCUGAAUUGGGAAUGGUUUCAGGUAUUUUGAGUAGUGUAAGAAAUGGCUAGGUUAUUUUGGUUAGAAAAAGAAGAUAAAUAAUAAUAAUAAUGAGAAGAAGUAGAGGAACGAAUUGUCAAGAUUGUGGAAACCAAGCGANNAAAGAGUGUAUACAUCUAAGAUGUAGGACUUGUUGUAAGAGUCGAGGGUUUCAGUGUCAAACACAUGUCAAGAGCACUUGGGUUCCUGCAGCUAAACGUCGUGAACGACAACAUCAUCUCUCUGCGUUGCAACAAUUUCGUGGAGAUGGAGACAAUCCUAAACGACAUAGAGAUAAUCAUGCUGCACCUUCUCUAAUUCCAUCCCUUCCUCCACCUAUCCCUGCCACAGGGUUGGAGGUGGGACAAUUUCCAGCAGAGGUGAGCUCAUCAGUAGUGUUUAGGUGUGUGAGAGUGAGGUCAUUGGACGGUCCAGAUGAACAAUGCGCAUAUCAAACGGCUGUGAACAUAGGAGGACAUGUAUUCAAAGGAAUUCUAUAUGAUCAAGGCCCUCCUUCAAGUACUACUGCACCUAUUGAUCAUCAUGGUUCUUCCAGUGAACCUCGCCACCAACUUCAUUUCUUAACAGCUCCAAUUGCAACUACCGGUAACCCAUUCGACCCUUCAAUUUACUCCGCUCCACUAAAUGCUCCUUUCAUGCCUCGUAGUACACAAUUUUUCCACCCCUAAGAUCAAUAUCCCUAACUAUAUGUAUUUCAAUCAUGAAUAUGAUUAUGGUUGUUCUAAGGUACAUCCAUCUUAACAUAAUUAAGCUGAUGUAGCUAGAAGGAAAAGCUGUAUAAUAAGUUAUUAUGAUUUAUGACAAUGAAUUAAUGAGGGGACAAGUAUGUAUGUUUUUUGUGUUACCAAAUGUCAAUUCAGAUUUUUCA